AUGGAAGAGAAGGAGGAGCAGGCUAGCGACGCCUUGCUCGAUCUUCAUGAAAAACUGGCUCGGAUACAGUCAGAGGUUGCUGAGGCAGCGGGCCGUCUUGCUCGUAUCCGGGCGAUCCGAAAGAAAGUGAAGGAGAGGCAUGUGGAAACUUUUGCUCGUGGUAUGCAGGAGUUGGAAGAAGAGGAUGGUGUUCUUCCUGCGCUGGAUGCUCACGAGCGGUGGGUCGUGAGCGAUCUCCAGGCUGCUGGCGUUUCUAAUGAUGCCGACUGGCCUUCUUUCGGGAUUGGCGACGAGUUCGCGUCCCUGGGGCCGUUGGUGUCGUCUUCUGGUAAUCCUCGAGAAGCUGUCGAGAGUUCUGGAGGUUCGUGACGGGUUCCCAUGUGUUUUCCUCGUGUCCGUAGUUUUUCCAUUUGAUUAAGAAUUCUUUUGUUUCGUUCCUGA